GGAGAGGGGGGGAUGAGGCGCUGCCGCCCGGCUGCCCGCCGGCCGUCCGCCCGGCCCCGGCCCUGAGCCAGCGGCCGCCGCUCCUCCCCGGCCGGAGGGGAGAGCCGGGAGGGAGCUGCAGCUGGAGCCGCGCCGCGCGCGCUGCUUGCUUUUUCUUUCUUUAAUGAUUUGUUACGCGUGUCUCUUGGGGGAGCGUUUUAGCAAUGGUCAUUUUUAGCAGUGAAAUCUGCUGCGCGAAGGAGGAUUAUACCAAAUCGCUAUGAAUGAUAGACUCGAUUGCUAAACCUUGCCUUGGCCAACCUCCUGACCCGCGGAGAGAGCUCUCGGGGUGUGCGUGGGAAGGAAGAAGCACCCUCCCCUUCGAAAAUAAACUCGGAGAAGAAAAAGACUGAUUUUUUUUUUUUUUUUUUUUUUUUAAUUUUAUUUUUGGACAGCUGAGCUGCUUUAUAAUUUUUUUUUUUUUCUUUUUGGUCUCGUUUUGUCAAAAUUUGCUUUACAAAGGAUUCCCCUACAUGAUGGUUUUGUAACUGGUGGAGGAAGGAAGGACCCCUUGGAAGCGUUUGUGAUAUGACAUCUUUGGUAACUGAAGAAUUAACCCGUGUGUGCAUAGUGCCCCUAUUGCUGCUGUGGUAGCAGAACUCAUUUUUUUCAAGUGGGACUGGAGGAGAGCGCUGCCUCCGUCAGCAGGAGCUUUGCACAGAUUUAUAUCGCGUGUACUUCUUGGUGGGGUUCUCCCCACACAGUACUCUCUCUUGAUGACACCUGGAGGUGGCAGUGGGCCCAUGAAAGACUGCGAAUACAGCCAGAUCAGCACACACAGCUCUUCGUCUCCCAUGGAGUCUCCCCAUAAGAAAAAGAAGACAGCUCCCAAGAGAAAAUGGGAGGUUUUUCCUGGAAGGAACAAAUUCUUCUGCAAUGGGAGGAUCAUGAUGGCUCGGCAGACCGGAGUCUUCUACCUGACUCUCGUGCUUAUCCUGGUCACCAGCGGGCUGUUCUUUGCAUUUGACUGUCCAUAUUUAUCAGAGAAGAUUACACCUGCUAUACCUGCAAUUGGUGGGAUACUUUUCUUUUUCGUGAUGGGGACCCUGCUGCGUACUAGUUUCAGUGAUCCUGGUGUCCUCCCCCGUGCAACACCAGAUGAAGCAGCAGAUCUAGAGAGACAAAUAGGUAACACUGAAGAUAUUGCAAAUGGCUCCAGUUCAGGAGGAUACCGCCCCCCUCCCAGAACAAAAGAAGUGAUCAUCAAUGGACAGACAGUGAAACUAAAAUACUGUUUUACUUGCAAGAUUUUCCGCCCACCUCGUGCCUCACAUUGCAGCCUUUGCGAUAACUGCGUAGAACGGUUUGAUCACCACUGUCCCUGGGUAGGCAACUGUGUGGGGAAAAGAAACUACAGAUUUUUUUAUAUGUUUAUUUUAUCUCUGUCCUUUCUGACAGUCUUUAUAUUUGCAUUCGUUAUCACCCACGUCAUUCUUCGUUCUCAACAAGCAGGGUUCCUCAAUGCCCUGAAGGACAGUCCUGCAAGUGUGCUGGAAGCUGUGGUGUGCUUUUUCUCCGUAUGGUCCAUUGUGGGCCUCUCAGGUUUUCACACGUAUUUGAUCAGCUCCAAUCAAACAACAAAUGAAGAUAUUAAAGGAUCAUGGUCAAAUAAAAGAGGUAAAGAAAACUAUAAUCCAUACAGUUAUGGCAACAUCUUUACUAAUUGCUGUGCUGCACUCUGUGGGCCCCUCUCUCCAAGCUUAAUCGACAGAAGAGGAUUUAUACAACCAGAUACGCCACAAUUAGCAGGACCAUCAAAUGGCAUUACUAUGUAUGGGGCCACACAAUCUCAGAGCAACAUGUGUGACCAAGAUCAGUGCAUUCAGAGCACUAAAUUCGUUUUGCAGGCUGCUGCCACCCCACUACUACAGAGUGAACCCAGCAUAACUAGUGAAGAGCUACCUUUACCAGGAAAGACUUCUAUCAGUGGGCCUUGUGCAACUCUAACUCUAGGGCAACCAACACCACCAUCUUCCAUGCCAAAUCUCACAUCAGACACGGGUUUGACAGACAUGAUACCCUUGAAAGAGGAACACGAAGGUCAUCAGUUUCUUACUCCUGAAGAAGCUCCUUCACCCCCUGGGAUGCUGCCAAGCGGAAGUCCUAUUACACACAGCCAUACAAUGCACGUCCUGAGUCUAGCCAGCCAGGAUUCUUUGCAUGAAGACUCAGUACGUGGUCUUGUGAAGCUUAGCUCAGUUUGAACAGCUUCUUUGAACACUGCACCUUUUCUUGGUGUCUAUACAAAUCUUUACUUAACAGGAAUGACACCGCAGUACCACUGUAAGACUUUGUAACAUGGCUAUAAUGGAAACUUUAUUGCAUAAUGGAGUCUACUAAAAAAAAACAGCUUCUUUUUUUCAGUGGAGCUAUGGCAUUUUUUUGACCAGGCUGUUAAUGGCUAUGCUUUGAUAGUGACCACAUCUCCUUUUUAAGAAAAAACAGAAAUGGUCAAUAUUCUUGUUUCCUGCAGUUUGGGUACAGCAAGUUGGAAUUCAGCCUGUAACAAAGACCAUGUUGAGUACAAAAGAGAGAUUCUUGGAUGUAAGUGUCAUGCUCUGUGUUCUAUGCUCUUGUAAUACACACUUGUUAAGGCUUACCACACUUGUGGCCAGAAUGAUCUGCACUUACAUGUUAUGCUACUAAUAUUUGAGAUAGAAAAAUUACCAUUCCGUUUGUUAAUACAAAAAAAAAAAAAAAACAAGACUACGGAUACGGAUUUGCAUGCCACGCUACGGUAUGUGUUACAGUGGUGUUGGUAUUAAGAGAAAGUGCUGCUUUUUUAUUUGUGACUUUCAAAGUGCUGUUUCAUUUAAAGACAGUGCAAAUUAAUGGACUAUAUAUUUUUUUCAAUUUAUUAAAGUUUAUUUUAAUUUUUUCAGUGGUGCCUGGAAGAUGGAGACUUACUGAUUUGACCAUGUUGCAUAUCAUUUAACCUUCUGUUUUAAGUGUUUAGAAUGAGAUAUUGUGUUGUGCCAUACUACAAGAUUCUUCCACUCCCUAAUGUGAUACAAUUACCUGUGGACCUCCAAUAAAAUGACAUCCUCUAUUUCUUGGGCACGUGUACAGUUAUCCUUGUACAAUUCUUCUGGGGAAAGAUGGGAAGAUUAUGAUUUAUUGACAUAGUUUGUGAAGGAUAUAACUGGAAUAUGUUAAUGAAACCAGAGCUGCAGAGGAAAAGCUGCUUAUGAUAAGUUUUGCUUUGGCAUCUCUCAUGGCGUUGUUUGAGAUGUGUAUUUGUUCCCAUCACGAGUCUGUAUUCGGAAAUGGAAGAGUUUGUGUCUGCUUGAACUGUAAUUCUAUGUUCCGUGUGUCUAAAGGGUGAGGGGCUUUUGAUUAAAGACAAAGAGACAGCUUAGUGAAGUAACCAUAUCUGUAGCUACCUCCUGGCCAUGGUGCUUCAAUUAUUCGUUUUCUAGUAUUUUAAAUGGAAAUGUGGAUUUCGAGCCAGUAUUUUCUUUGUUUUGUGUUUUGUUUAAGUAAAGAGCAAUUAAAAGGUUAAGAAGAUUA